GGAGAACAAGCUCCCAAAAAGGCAAUUGUGACGAAGGAGAGGCGAGUUCAACGCUGGAAGCUGCACCGUGCUGAGAAGAAGGUUGCAAAAAAGCAUCUUGCAAGUGGACUCAGAGGUGAUAAGACAGCAUGGUUCUGGAAAGGUAAAGCUCAGCGAUUUGUAGAACAGAAAAUGAACGAAUACAAAGGCUGGCAGAAGAUGAGGUUCCCAGAAGACCCAGCUGUCCACAGGAUCUGCAAGAGGCUUGCUAAUAUCACCAUAGCAAAGGCAAAGAGUACGGAAAGACAAGGAGAGAAGUUCAUCUUCAGGUUGGUCAAAGCCUGGUAUCGAGUUACUGACCAAGGAAGGGUAGUCUACUUACCAUGGAACUUUGAAUGGAGACCCAUAUUAAUCGAUAGAAUUUUGAAUGCUAUUUACGUACAUAUAUGGGAACUGAAACUGCAAAAUUGCUCUCAUAAAAAGGUAAAACUGUUGGAAUGCGAUUUCAAAUGUCUAUGUGGCAUAGUGGUAGUGGUCUCUCUACGCAGGCAGAAGGUACGGGGUUGCUCCCAAGGCGGUCAAGAUCUUUGCAUUGUGUUUUCGUUUAAAUGGAGACUUCCAAAGCCUUUUCCGACAUUCGUUCGAACGAACACCUUAUUUCUGCCUUUAUUUGCACUUGUCGCACGUAUUCAGGUAAGAAUGGAUCUACAUGUUGAUUGUAUGACUCUGAUCACUUGA